CGAGACGUUGAAUGACAGCUGUCCAAUAGGGACCCUCAGUGCUAGUACGGUUUGCGGCUUAAGCGCCGCCGCGGUCUGAGGAAUGUCAACUAUUCAACAUGGAGGCGGAGGUCGAUAAGCUGGAACUGAUGUUCCAGAAGGCUGACUCUGAUCUGGAUUACAUUCAGUACAGGCUGGAAUAUGAAAUCAAGACUAAUUAUCCUGAUUCAGCAGGCAAGAAAAAUCCUGUUACACUCUUAAAGGAAUUGUCAGCAAUAAAGUCUCGAUAUCAAACUUUGCAUGCACGCUUUAAACCAAUUGCUGUCAAGCAUAAAGAGACUAAGAGCCGCAUUUGUGCUACUUUCAAUAAGACUAUGACCUUGAUACAAGAACUACAAAAGCAAACAGACCUGAAGCUGUUGCCACUGACUGAAGAAGAGAAAACUGCGGCAGAGCAAUUAAGAGCUCACAUGUCAGACUUAUGAUGAAGAAAUGGACUUGCAAAAGGGAACUCUAAUGGGGAAGAGAUCAAUUCCAGAGAGAUUUAGGAAGCUGUCUUGUUAGCAUUUGAUUACUGUUGGUGGGGGGAUGACAAAGGAGAUUUGGCUUGGGUUACUGGAUAGUGAUGCCUUCCACGAGAGAGGGGAAUACAAGAAGAAGGGCAGAUACUGUACUCAUAAUGUUCAGCCAAAGGGAUGGAAUGGAAAUAAAGAGAUUUAAAAAUAUAUAUGCGUAUACACUUAGUCUUGUAAUUUCAGGCAAGUCUCAACACCAUUUUGUAUCUGUUUUUGUAUAAUCAGGAUAACACAGAUGUCCUGGCCUAUUGUAAAAGAAAAUUAUGUACCACCAGUCAGUCAAAUGUGAAUGAACAUGCUUUGGAAAUUAAAGGAUAGAAAAAAAAUUUGUAUUAUGUUAUAUAUAUGUAUAUAAUUUUAUUAUUGAAAAUUCUGAUUGCAGAUGUGGUCACAUUAUUUGUGAGACUGCUAAUGUGUGACUUAACAGUCUCCCAUAAAACCUAACUUAGUAAUAAGCUGGCUUUUCUGUGACAGCCUCACUUUUAUUUUUGUCGUAUUCCUUCUUCCUGCUAAUGUUGAGCAGCAUGAGCUCUGCUUUCAAACGCUGUUUUAGAUUGUCCCUGUUAUACUUCAAUACUACCUUUGUUCUCCUCUGGUCUAUAUUACUGUAAUUGUUCAUUCUACUGUAUAUGAAAGCUAAGAAACUGAAAUGAGAGGAUCACUGACAACCGCUACUUGCCAGUUUGUUUUGUGUGUGCGCGCGCGCGUCAACUUCCCUAUUAAAAAAAAGAAAAAAACUAAUGGCAAGUAAAUAUGAAAGUAAAUCAUGGUAUAUCUAUACAACAGAAGGUCAGGUUGCCAGUAAAUUAUUACUGUUAAUGUUCUGGGAAAUGUUAAAGCUAUGCUAAAUAGGUAAGAGGAGAAGCAGAUAUUGUAGCUUUGUCGUCAAGAUUGGGCUUUGGACUCAUACCGGAUAUGUAAACACAGGUUUUAAAUUCUAGCUGUACGACCCUGAGCAAACCACUUGACUUGUGUGUGUCAGGAUGGCUGGAAGCACAAUAAGAUGGUAAAGUAUUAGCGUUUGAUAUUUAGUAGUCCUUCAAUAAAUAUUUCUAUAUAUGUCAUAAAAACAAGGCAUUGAAAGAUUAGGAAAAGUGUAUCAAAUGUUAGUUUUACAGGUUAUAGAAUUAUACUUUAAUGUAAUUUUAAAAGAAUUUUUUCUGUUAUGUUAUUAACAAACUUAUAAUAGCUGACAGACAGGGUUGGAAGAGUAGCUUCAGUUAAAAUUGUCUUGUCUCUUCUGAAUAUCUGGAGAACAGAAAGUAACCCCCCCUUUUAAAUUACAGAUAAAUAAGUCACACCUUAGUAACAGAUACUAUUUUUCUUCAGUACUCAGGCAAUGAAUAUUGAGGAAGUUCCUGUCAUGGUAUGGCUCUGGGAUGUGAUGGUGAUGGUGAUAUUGAAAAAUGGUGGUUAUCAUGAAGAGGUCUUAACAAGUUACUGGUGUUACAGGGUUUUGCUUUCAAUCAGAAAAAAAACUAGAUUGUACUGUUUUUCCUCUAUGACUUCCUUCACAAGUUACCUUCUAAAUGUUGGUUCUUCCCCUCAUCCCUCUUAAAAUUGCUCUUGUUUAUAUAUUCAUUUAUUUCCCAAGGUUCAUUUAUUGCCCUUUUGGGGAAUGAUUCCCAAGUAUAACUUAUUUCACUAGACCUAGAUCCAAAUUUCCAAUAAAAACCUCUACCUGAAUAUUCAAAUUGAACAUGUCCAGAAUACUUAAGAGAUUUUCUUAUUUUGUUAACAGCAACUAUUCUGUUAGCUGGCAUUAAAGUUUGCAUCCCUUUAUCUUCUUAGUUAAUAAAAUCUAUAAUUCUAUAAUCUAUAAUUCUUUGAAAUCUAUAAUUCUUUGAAAUGUUUGUUGUAUCCAACCUUCACUUUACCUUCACUCUUACUACCUAAUUUAGACCUUUUUUAUUUCUCAUCUGGAUAAUUGUUUUCUCCUAUGUGACUACUAGUGUUUUUAUGUCUUAAGUUGUGAUACAAAUUAAUUUUAAUUAGGUUGUAUUUUAAACACAACUUUAAUUUUAAGAAAUUAAAAAAAUAUAAGUAUGCUUAUUCUCCCAAAUAACUGCAACUUUUUAGAUGUUUCUACAUGUAUACAAAUUAAAAAACAUUUUAAACAAAAAUAGGCUGAUACUAUAUACUGUACUGCAGCUGCACUCUUUUUUUAUCUUAAAAAUAUUUUUGGUAUCUUCAUAUCAUUCUUUUGAACAGCUGUAUAUAUAAAUUUACCAUAAUUUUUACCAGUUCCUCUUUUAUAGGCGUUUAAGCUGUAUAAUACACAAAUUAGGAGAUUUGGAGGGUGGGUAAAGGAGGAUGGCAAGGUCAGCCUUUCCUUAAGGAAUUCUAAUAGAGCACAUGACAGGUUUCUCAACGACACACAGCAGUUUAGCAUCCUGCCAACUAAAUUCCUUUUUUGCUUAGUUAGCCAGAAUCUGACAGUGCUUGCAAGCAAUGACCCCUAAUUAGUUGUACGGGUUUUCUAAUUUUCCACUGUUAUGAACUAUUGCAAUAAAUCUUUAAACAUUU